AUACAGACACAGCAUCCUCACAGUGAGACACGCUGCUGCUGCUGCUGCUGCUUUGUGUCGGGGGUGGGUGGGUGACGAGCCCCUGGAGGGUUGAUCAGUGGGGUUCAGUUCCCCCCAAUACAGGAGACUGCAGGAGAGAGGGAGGACAGGAGCGGAGAGAGAGGAGAACACUCUUGCUUUCCCUCCUUAGCCAACCUCUUUUGGAUCCACCCCCGUCCCCCCAAGCAGUUCUUAAACCGCCCCCCUGGCUCCCAUACCCAUGGCAACACCUCCAGCAGAUACAGGACCACCCCCCGAGGGUCAAGCUGCUUCUCCUGAGGCUGCGGCCCCUGUCUCCACAACUACUGUGGUCAUUAUAGAGGAGCCGCAGUCACCGCAGGAGGCCACUGGAUCAGAGGUUGAGCAUCAUGUGACCAUCCAAUCAAAGUCUUCCUCUCUUAAUGACCUGAAGUCUCAGCCUGCUGCUAAUGGAGGGCCCCGGGCCCCCAGCUUGUGUGGCUCAGAGGGUCGCCUGGAACAGCCAGCUUCUAAUUCCCCCAGACCAAGUCUGUGCAGACAAGAAUCAACCGCCACCACCAGUGGUCCCCAGGAAAAGCCCAAAGACUAUCUGUUUAUUGCCAUCCUGUCCUGCUUCUGCCCAAUGUGGCCUGUCAACAUCGUGGGCUUCGUGUACUCCCUCAUGUCUCGCAACAGCCUGCAGCAGGGGGAUAUCGAUGGAGCUUUCCGGCUCGGCCGCGUGGCCAAACUCUUGAGCAUUGUGGCGUUAGUUGGAGGAGUGCUGAUCAUCACCAUAUCCUGUGUCAUCAAUUUUGGAAUAUUGUGAGUUGGCGAAACGCUCUUCUCCUCUCGGAUGUUUGGGGGGGACCAUAAAAUCCAUCGCUAAUCGUCACAUUGCCCACAGAGACACCAGCUAGAGACAUCCAUGGAAGAGUGUGUGCAAGUGUCCAUGACAGAGAGAAGUGUUUGCAGUCUGAGUGUCUCUCCAUGUUUCAGUUCCAUUUUUAUGCUCAUAUAUAAAUGCAUCUUUCUGUUCUUCCUUGAGGAUGAAGGGAAUUGUUUUUGUUUUGGCAUUCAGCGACAGGGAAUGAAGCACAUUAAUGGCCACCUACAUGUAGCUGCAAUAGGGAAUUCUACUUUAUAGUCUGACCAUGUACACACACUCCCAAGGAGCAGGCGUUAGCUCAUGUUUCCAUUCUCUUAUGGUGCAGAGGUGACCCCCAGUGGUCACUGUGUGUAUAGCAGGAGCAUGUGUUACUACUGAGAUGCUCAAUGAUUUUACACUGCAGCACAUCCAUCAAAUUAGCCUGUCCCUCCCUGUGAGAGACCUGCAGGGAAAGUCUGUAUUUCUUCCAUGUUUCCUUCCCUUAGAGGCUCAUUCUUCCCAGUCUUUGUGCAGAUCAUAGAUCUGAUAGUUAUGCUGAGCAUGUGAAUCGCAUCUCUUCCUUCUUCCGCUCUGGAACUCGUCAUUCCUCUAAACUGACCCACAGAUCUGAAUGACUCCCCUUCAGUUCCACAUCUUCUCCAUCUAAAUAUCCAGGACCUCUACUGAAAGCAUAUUAUAGCCCAAGGUAUUCGACUGAGAUCUAAUGGGCACCAGUCUGCCAAUAUUCCAUCUGAAUGUGGAAAAUAUUACUCUCCUGACAUUCCAUCCAGAUCUAGAGCACCCUGCAUUGUAUAUCAUUCCAUCCAGAUCUAGAGCACCCUACAUUGUAUAUCAUUCCAUCCAGAUCUAGAGCACCCUGCUUUGUAUAUCAUUUCAUUAAGAGCUAGAGAACCUGCUUUGUAUAUCAUUCCAUCCCGAUCUAGAGCACCCUGCUUUGUAUAUCAUUCCAUCCAGAUCUAGAGCACCCUGCUUUGUAUAUCAUUCCAUCCAGACCUAGAGCACCUCCUUUGUAUAUCAUUCCACCCAGAUCUAGAGCACCUCCUUUGUAUAUCAUUCCAUCCAGACCUAGAGCACCUCCUUUGUAUAUCAUUCCACCCAGAUCUAGAGCACCCUCCUUUGUAUAUCAUUCCAUCCAGACCUAGAGCACCUCCUUUGUAUAUCAUUCCAUCCAGACCUAGAGCACCUCCUUUGUAUAUCAUUCCACCCAGAUCUAGAGCACCCUGCUUUGUAUAUUAUUCCAUCCAGACCUAGAGCACCUCCUUUGUAUAUCAUUCCAUCCAGAUCUAGAG